AUGGCUGCGUUUCAGCGCGAGCACGCUUACGUCGCACAGGCUUUGGAUCCCUCCCAAAUCCCGGAGCAUAAACUGGCCGAAAACCAGCUUCCGACGAAGAAGAACCGAGAUCUGUACGGCGCUGCCACAUCGGGAAAUCUUAGCGAGCUGAAGGUUGCGCUGGCUGCUGGAGCUAAUUCCAACUGGUACAACAAGUCAGAAGACGGGGCCACGGCACUCCACAGGGCGGCGAGCGGUGGGCACGUGGGAUGCGUAGAGCAGCUGCUGAAAAACGGAUCAGUCAUCGACGAACGUCUCCUGACAAACAGCAACUCGGCUCUGCAUCUUGCCUGUGGGAAUGGGCACAUGGAGACGGUCAAGGUUCUCCUCGCUUCGUCCGCAGCCGUCAACGCGGGUAACAGCUACGGGAACGCCCCCAUUCACGCGGCACUGAUGGGCGGACACCGUGCGGUCGUCGAGCUGCUGCUAGAGAGUGGCGCGGAGGCGCAGUGGAUGAACAACAAGGGCUCAUCCUUGCUGCACUUUCUGGCGUACUCCACCGCCAUGCCGCCUGCAGACAAGAAGGCGCUGGCGCUGAAGCUAGUCCAGGCCGGCGUCAACCUCGAUUCCAAGGACGAGGAUGGCAUGACUCCGCUCCACGUUGUCGGGCAGAGUGGAGACAAGGAGAUGGCCACCUUUCUCUUCGAGAACGGGGCGGACAUCACCAUCAAGGACAACAAGGGCAAAACGCCUCUGCAGUGGGCGCAGACAAACCGCCAUGCGGAGGUGGGCUCCCUCCUCCACGAUGCAAGAAGGACCACCGAUGAUGGCGAAAAGGCCGGCGGCGGUGGUGGAGGCGGCGGGGGUGGUAGUGGCCCCACCGCAAAAUAAGAAUGCUGGUACGGCCGAACCAUGGGGAACUAGCCGCAGAACCACCAGCCAGGAGGUCGACGGAAGCCCGAAGCACAACGCACUGGCCCGUCGAGAGGGAAGAGUGCCGAAGACCAAACGCGCCUUAGGAAACGCGUCCUCAUCCUUCCAAUGCGUAGGUAAAAGAGUCGGUAGGUCGCAUGAAACACGCAAUUAAUUGCGUGGGACCGACGGCAGGGUGCGAGUCGCGUUGGUACGCAUGUAUGCUGGAGCAUAGACACAGGGUGGGAGCGCCGUCGGAGGGCACCGGGGCAGGGAACGCGCGGGUGGUCUACGAAGAUAUAGUCUGCACGGAUACUGUUGCGUUGGCUGCUGUACAGCAGCAGUAUUCUCGCAUGUGUGGUUGUUCUUGCAGUAGACGGACGGCUUUUUGAUGGCUCUUCGUUUCAGCCUCCUUGCUGCGGAGUGGAGAUCAACCUAGGGGCGUAGAGUAGAGCGGGACCCAGGAAGAAACGAGUUCUACAGUAGUAGAGCAGAUACUCGAACUGCUGUCACUAUUCCGAUCUCAGAAAACGUUAUCUCCAUCUCUCAACCAACAGCAUGAAACACACAAUUAAUAGGAUACAGGAAUUUCCCAGAUACUGAACUGGCACCUAAUAUUGUACACGACGCUUGCUAGGACCGACAAAUAUGAUGUUGGCAUCAUGAACCAUAAAGAGCCUCAGCCGCCUGCAGAAAGAAUGAAAGCAAAAACGACGUACAUCACCUGAAGCUCAAACGCCAAGAAACAACGGCGCAGCCUGACAAGACCUACGUGGCAAGGGCACUCCAGCUAACUACAUGACAAGGGGCGCCGUUCACAAACUACGGAGACAACGGACACAUAACGAUCAACAAGCGGACGCCAGGACGAGCAGCGGGAAAAUAUCUCCAACCAGAGAGAGAGAGGCACACACACCCUCCGCCGCACAACCGAACUGGUCGGAAACUACUCAUAUGCAUCCGGAUUUUUCGACCCUUCGCAGAAGCAAGGGGGUCCCUAAAAUAGUGCACCAACCAACGCCGUUAUUGCUGUGCCUUCUUUCUCUUUCGCCACCCGUAGUACAAUCACCUCGAUAAAACAAGCACGAGCCUCUCUGGAAACCCUUAACAGUCCAGGCAACCUACAUGGCAACGACCGACUCUGUCUCCCCCGGAAAAAAACAACGAAAAACCUGUAACAAAAGAACAUUGCAGCAGCACCAGCACGUUCAGAUUACAGAAAACAAAUGAGAGCGAGAUGAGGAGGCCCAGUAGGCGCCCCCCCAAGGGGGGAUCAUUACUUUCCAAGAUUCGUUCUUCGAAAUCCAAGAAAGGGUGUUUUCGGGUGGCCAACGAGAGAGCGGGCCUACCACCUGCCGCCACGCAUGAGUGGUAAAUUUCUUCCGCUCGUGAUAUCUAGCCAGAAUAACAUCCUCGCUACCCGUCCUCCCCCACCUUAACACCAGGACCGACCACGGACGAUGCGCCCUUCAGAGCACGCACCCGUUACAUGCACGUACAUUAAAUCCCGACGCAAACACAAACGACAUGAAGAAGCCAAAACAGAAACAGACUUCCCAGUACACACGUGCACCAUCCUCCUUCCUCUCCCCUCCCGCGUCGAUGAACACGAAUGUGCCCACAAGUAUGCCUCUAGAUUUUCGACUCCCCCUCUACGCACAACAUCCAAUGACCGAAAUCAGCCCCGAGACACGGUUCGAGCGCGAUCACGCCCAGUGCCACAGGGGAGGAGCAGCCCCUCUUCUCUCUCACACUCGAUCUACCGCACCUUAUGUGCCCGAACAUUGGAGGCGGGGGGGGCACCAAUGCGAAGAGGCGGAAACGUAGAUACCGCAAGAGGGAUCGCUGAGCUUUUCGGACUACCCUCAGCCACUCGCGCCAGUGAGUAACCGCAAAACCAACAGCAGCGAAGGAUGUUCACUCGUUCUCCCCGCCUACGCGCGGCUCGCCUGUUUAGUACGUGGCACUUGCUUCAUCCGCCUCAACCCCCGACGCCCCAACGACAAUAUGCUACGAAGUAGUUUUCACCUUCAACACCACAAAGCGUGCCUAUUAUCCCCAACAGUCCAUUUCGAUCAGUGGGCAACACACAAAACCUCUUCUCACUGCCUCAAGGGAGCUAGCCCUGCUGCUGGGGCAGCAAUCCAUGCCAUGAGGCUUCCGAAGGCCCGCACACACCCCUUCGCCACCUGUGAGAGCUGUGUGCAGCGCGGCACACACACACACACACUCGACCCGACCACCAAGUCUUGAUGACGCAGGCCAGGCGGCGAGCCACGC